UCCGAAACCGAGCGAAAAAAACCUGCGAGUGGGCCUGGCGGAUGGGAUUAUUAAAGCUUCGCCGGAGCCGCGGCUCGCCCUCCCACUCCGCCAGCCUCCGGGAGAGGAGCCGCGCCCGGCCGGCCCGGCCCCCAGCCCCAUGGACCUCCGAGCAGGGGACUCGUGGGGGAUGUUAGCUUGCCUAUGCACGGUGCUCUGGCACGUACCUGCAGUGCCAGCUCUCAAUCGCACAGGGGACCCAGGGCCUGGCCCCUCCAUCCAGAAAACCUAUGACCUCACCCGCUACCUGGAACACCAACUCCGCAGCUUGGCGGGGACCUACCUGAACUACCUGGGGCCCCCUUUCAAUGAGCCUGACUUCAACCCUCCUCGGCUAGGGGCAGAGACUCUGCCCAGGGCCACUGUCAACUUGGAAGUGUGGCGAAGCCUCAAUGACAAACUGCGAUUGACCCAGAACUAUGAGGCCUACAGCCACCUCCUGUGUUACUUGCGUGGCCUCAAUCGUCAGGCCGCCACAGCCGAGCUGCGCCGCAGCCUGGCACACUUCUGCACCAGCCUCCAGGGGCUGCUGGGCAGCAUUGCAGGGGUCAUGGCAGCUCUGGGCUACCCGCUGCCCCAGCCUCUGCCUGGGACUGAGCCCACCUGGGCCCCUGGCCCUGCCCAUAGCGACUUCCUCCAGAAGAUGGAUGACUUCUGGCUGCUGAAGGAGCUGCAGACCUGGCUGUGGCGUUCAGCCAAGGACUUCAACCGGCUUAAGAAGAAGAUGCAACCUCCAGCAGCUGCGGUCACCCUGCACCUGGAGGCCCAUGGCUUCUGAUCUCCGACCUUAAUCACACACACACACACACACACACACACACACACACACACACACACGCCCUUCAAGUCUUGCUCCCAUUCUGGGGGAGAAGGGAGGAACCUAGAUGCCAACACUUGUUGAGCCAGGAGCCAGAUGCCAGGAGCUCUGGUCCUCCCUGGUCUUGGAUGGCGGGUGGUGCAAUCGGCCUCAUCCCCUGCCUGGCUCCCAGAGUCCUGUGGGUCUAGAGCACAGGUGCAAUGGAUGCCAUCCUGUUUCCACAGAGGUAGCACCUGAGGGAGUUACCUUAGGUGGCUUGAGUAGGUGCAAAGGCACUCACUGUUGCCUGUUUUCUGCCCACCACCUGCCAGUGCCCACCUAGCCCCCACAUAGGGAACUUGGAGAAGCACACCUGGAGGGCAAGGGUGGGGGCCACUGUAGCAGAUCUUUGGGGGAUGAAGCCCCUUGGCUGUCCCCCUCUCCUUGGAUGGGUGUUGCUGCCCUACCCCAAUAUCUAUAUGCAUCAAGUUCAGGAAACAUGGCAACGAGUCUAAACAAGAAGAGAUGAAGAAUGGAAGGAGUGGGAUCUGGACAGGAGGUGGCCUAGAAGCCAGGAGGGUCAGGGAAAGACCAGACCCACAAGUCACCAAGGCAACAAGAGCCAUGUUGAGUGAGCAUCAGGACCUUGCCUUGAAUUUUCUUGCCAGCAUCACAGUGCCCCCUCUUCACCCCCAUUCCCAAGGUGUCUGUGGUUGCUAGGCUGGGGAGGGCGGCCUCAGCCUGAACUCCAGGGUUGCCUGAACUCCAGGGUUUCCUGAAAGUUUACAUUGCAGUAGCAUUGUGAGGCGGGGGCAGCUCCCCUAGGCCCUACCCCCAGCCGCACCCACUCAUGACUCUUAAGUUUGUUGUAUUAAUAUUUAUUUAUUUGGAGAUGUUAUUUAUUAGAUGAUAUUUAUUGCAGAAUUUCUAUUCUUGUAUUAACAAAUAAAAUGCUUGCCCCAGAACUCAGUCUACUUAGCUGGCCUAAGCCU